GGUCCCCUCCCUUCCUCGCCCGCCCAGCCCGCCGCCCCCGGCGGCUGGCGCGCGCGGUGCAGCGUGCGGCAAAGCUCUUUGCAUAAAUUAUGCUCAUGACGCAGCAGCUAAAAAAAUCCAAGUAGCAGAAGGAGGGAAAAAGGGGGGGGGGGGAGGCCAAAGGGGGGGCUGUGGAAGGAGGAAAGGAGAAAUAUAUAUAUACCUGACCGCCCCCCCCACCACCCCGCUUCCCCUUCCCUCUUCCCGGCCGCCCCCCCCUCCGCCCAGCGCAGCCCGUGGAGUCCCCUUCGGCUCUGCCCAGCCCGGGCUGGGGGCCCGGGGGCUGCGGCGGGUCCCGACCGGCUCCCGGGCCGAGCCGAGCCCAGCCAAGCCGCACUGGCUUCUUUGUCUGCGGGCGGCGGCAGCCCCGGCCCCAGCCCGGGUCCCCGGCCCCCUGGCCCGAGCUGUGAGAUGAAUCUCUAAUCGGUGGCCGCCGGGCACCCGGGGCGAAGGCGGCUCGGGCUCGGGCUCCGACCCCCGAGGCGACCGGGAGCGGAUUCUGGCCCCUCAGAGAACCUGGACGCCUGGGUUCCCAGCGGUUAAGGUCAAAUGAGGAGGCCAGAGCUACCUGUCACAGUUCUCCCCAGCUGCAGUCCAUCGGGAGGAGUGGUGGGACUCGGGGUUAGGGACCUGGGUGCUGCUAGAAGGGUGGGGGAGUGGUGGGUUGGUCACCAUUUAGCUAAGCAUGAGCACUUCAUAAAUAUUUAAUAACAUUAUUAUUAAUAAAUAGUCGUCAUAAUGGACCCGAUAUCCGCUCCCUGGAUAUUUGCACCUAGCAAGGCCAAGGGAGCCCCAGGGUGCCUUGGAACCUACACUUUAGUGUUGGGAUCUCCUACUCAUUUGUCGGUGGAAGCCUAAAAUCUUUGCAGAACAACCUCUGCUGCGCGGCAGGAGAAAAUAAAACGCGGUCGGGAAGCCUUCGUGGGCAAAUGAAAAGAAGCUCUUUACAGAAAUUUUGGCCCCAUCUGAUCUUCCAGAUUCCUUGUUCUAAAAGUAAUGGGCUGUUCCUCAAUUGUUCGUAGACAUAUAUCCCUCCUCCCUUUUCUUGGAAUCUGAUGCAGCCACCAUUGACAAGCAGGGCCUUAAGAGGAGUAAUUCCUUAUCUUCCAUUUUGAUUGAAGUCCUGGGGCCUAGGGUGGUAGUUCUGUGACCUGGUACUUUGCAUGUCUGGGGUAGAACUUCAUUCAUUUGUUCAUUGGUCCAACAAAAAUACCCACUAUGUGCCGGCUCUGAAUAAUACACAUAGAACUUCCCCUGUCUUGGAGUUUUAAUUCCAGUUUGGGGCAGUAUGGGUGGAGACAGACAGAUCACAAACAUGAAAACAAACAAGAUAAUAUCAUAGAGUGAUUUUCUCUGUGUGUGUGUGUGUGUGUGUGUGUGUAUGUGAUGGGUUGUUCUCUUCUUGGAGGUACCACCUAGAAAUUAAGAAAUGAGUCAGAAGAAAUUUGCUUCUCUAAAGGUUCUCUGCAUUAUGAAGGAACAUGGGACAAGGUCACAUCUCCCUUCCCCAAGAUUUACUCACUGGAAAAUCAUAGUAAUCUUACACAUUUUUAUAAUGCUUUGCAAUUAAAAACAUUUUGAUAUAUAUGCUUUACUUCAUUUAAAAAUAAUAGCAAUAACAGUAACAAACAGUUACACAGUGUUUGCUGUAUGCCAGGACCCUUACAUAAAUAUUAUUGAUUUAAUCCUCACAAUCACCCUCUAAGCUGGGUUCUAUGAUUUAGCUCCAUUUCACAGGUAAGGAAACUGAGGCUUAGAGGGGUUACCUGAAGCAGAAGCAGUACUCAGUCUGUGUCUUCUGUCUUUAAGCCCCAAGUUCUUUCUGUGUCAAAAUGAGGAUCAGGGAGGCCACAGAGGGAGUAGGACUCCCAAGAAACUGGCCAUAUAAAGGAACACUUGAGAAUGAGGAGCAGGACUGGCACAUUAGGAAGGGGAGAGUGUGACCAGAGUUCUCCAGAACUUAAUACUACUUUUUUGAAAUAAUUUUAAAAUAGGCCUAGUAUUGGGAAUGAGGUCAAAAAAAUUGAAAUAGGAUAUGUAUUUUAAGGAGAAAGCAGGAAAUAUGAGGAUGUUAAGUGAUAUGAUCUAAUUUUUUAAUUUAUGUUUUCAGCUCACAUUCAUUAACCUCUUUUAUAUACCAGGAAUUAUACGAGGCACUGGGAUAUGAUACGUGGAUAGGCCUUCUUGGUGCUUACAGUCUAGAAGGGGAACAUACCUACUUUUUAUUUUUCACAUUUCAUUUGCCCCCUCCCUUCACCCUGCCUGGGGUGAAUCAAGUUUGGGCACGGGAAAGGGGGCAGGAAGAGAAACUAAAUCUAAGUUUGUCCUUAUUAAACUAGUCUUCACUGUUUGUCUAAGAUUACAGUGGUAGGUUGGGAAAGGGGAAAUAAGGUUGUUCACUACUUUCCUAUCUUUUUCGUUUUCCCUUCCUUCUGGCCCAUGUGUGUGCCAAGCGAGUCUACCAACAGCUUGGCAAGCUAUUUUUCUCUGUCAGUGAAUUGUGGGGACAGGUGUGUGUGGUAAAUUAAUAAAUUUAGUCUGAAGCAGAACUGAGAGCUCCCAUUUUCCAGUGUAUCCCGAUCCUUGGGGGCCAGAGCAGCUCCCAUCAGCCUUCCUCCCACUUCCUGAGUGGACACUUGGUGGGAUGUCAGGAGGAUAGGGUUCUGGGGCAGGUGGAUGUGGCCUUGAAGUUUGAAUGUGCCAUUGACUCUUGUGCCCUUGGGCAAGUCAUCUGACCUCUCUCUACCUCCAUUUUCCCGUAGGUAGAAAUGGGGAUCAUAGUAAGAACAACAUGUUAAGCAUUAUACUUAUGGUCCCGUAUCAUCAUUAUAACAACCCCAUAAGGCUUGCCCAUUUAGUCAACAUUUUAAAGAUAAGGAAAUUGAGUUUCAAAGAGACGAAAUCAUUUGCCCAAAAUCACAUGGCUAUUUCAUGGCCAGCCUGGGAUUUGUUCUAGGUUUCUUCCUAAGCGAAUACCCUUACCUCUCUUUGAUCCUCAACUUUCUCAUCAAUAAAAAAGAGGGAUAAUAAUAGCUAAUUAUUCUUAUGUUUUGUACAGUAAUUCCAAGGUAAACGCUCUUGUUAUUUAUCCCUGAGAAAACAGAUAAGUAAAGUAACCCACCUACCUGGGGUCUGUUGCUUCAGUAUGUUGCUCUAUGGUCUCAUGCUGCUGUCAAAAUUGAAUAACAGUAGUUAACAUCUAUUGAACCCUUAUACAAUUUAUUACAACUCUAUCCCCAUUUCAAAUAUGGUAACUGAGGCAUAGAAAUGGUAGGUCCUUGUCCAAGGUCUCACAGCUAGGAAAUGGUGAAACUGAGAGAUGAAUGAGAUGACCGAGAUGAACUGGGAGUUCCUAACUGCUCUACUAAGUUGAAAUGAGGCUGCUCCACCAUCUGGGAUGUUGUCCUGCCUCCUGUGUCAAAGGCCAGGAUAGUUCUUGGGCCACUACUGCAGAAUCACCUGACAGCUGGUUCUGUGGGACCCACCUGUUGAAUCAGACUCUGGAUUACAAUACAGUACAAUACUGCACAAACAUCUGCAGAUGCCUGGUCUGGGGGAAUCUGGAGGCCUGCAUUUUUAAUGUGUUCCAGGAUGUGCUAGGUGUGGGCCCGCCCACCCCAUCCUGAUAAGUGACCAUGGAUCCUGGAGCCGGGCCAGAUUCAUCUCUGACUGUCAAUGAGCAGGUCAUCGUGAUGUCAGGCCACGAGACCAUCCGAGUGCUGGAGGUUGGAGUGGAUGCCCAGGUCCCUGCUGAGGAGGAGGGCAAAGUGCUGGAGGGUGUGGCCGCCGAGGGCUCCCAGAGCGGAGGCCCUGAGGAAGCCGGGGAAGCCGCGGGUGAAGCCGGGCCAGACAACCCAGACUCCUCCACGGAGGCAACUGUGAAGUCACUCCCCGGGAUGCCUCCAAGCCCUGCCCCUGCAGUUGCCACCUUCAGCCAAGCUCCAUGCCAGCCUCAGGCAUCGCAGACCCUAACGCCACUGGCUGUACAAGCUGCCCCCCAGGUCUUGACUCAGGAAAACUUAGCCACAGUUCUGACAGGAGUUAUGGUUCCAGCAGGGGCAGUUACUCAACCUCUUCUUAUCCCCAUCAGUAUUGCAGGUCAAGUGGCUGGGCAGCAGGGGCUGGCCGUGUGGACAAUUCCUACAGCAACCGUGGCUGCCCUCCCAGGACUGACCGCUGCUUCUCCCACGGGGGGAUUUUUCAAGCCACCUUUAGCCGGUCUCCAAGCAGCUGCCGUGCUGAACGCCACUCUCCCGGCACCCGUCCAAGCUGCCCCACCGACACAGGCCUCCUCGCCCGCCCAGCCCCGACCACCAGCCCAGCCGCAGACGUUCCAGACCCAGCCGCUGCUGCAGACCACACCUGCCAUUCUACCGCAGCCCACUGCUGCCACUGCUACUGCCCCCACCCCCAAGCCAGUGGACACCCCCCCACAGAUCACCGUCCAGCCUGCAGGCUUCGCAUUUAGCCCGGGAAUCAUCAGUGCUGCUUCCCUCGGGGGACAGACCCAGAUCCUGGGCUCCCUCACUACAACUCCGGUCAUUGCCAACGCCAUUCCCAGCAUGCCGGGGAUCAGCAGUCAGAUCCUCACCAACGCUCAGGGACAGGUUAUUGGAACACUUCCGUGGGUAGUGAACUCGGCUAGCGUGGCGGCCCCAGCACCAGCCCAAAGCCUGCAGGUCCAGGCUGUGACCCCCCAGCUGUUGUUGAACGCCCAGGGCCAGGUGAUUGCGACCCUGGCCAGCAGUCCCCUGCCUCCGCCUGUGGCUGUCCGGAAGCCAAGCACUCCUGAGUCCCCUGCUAAGAGUGAGGUGCAGCCCAUCCAGCCCACGCCAGCCGUGCCCCAGCCUGCUGUGGUCAUCGCCAGCCCAGCCCCAGCGGCCAAGCCAUCUGCCUCUGCUCCCAUCCCAAUCACCUGCUCAGAGACCCCUACUGUCAGCCAGUUGGUGUCCAAGCCUCAUACCCCAAGUCUGGAUGAGGAUGGCAUCAACUUAGAGGAGAUCCGGGAGUUCGCCAAGAACUUUAAGAUCCGGCGGCUAUCCCUGGGCCUCACGCAGACCCAGGUGGGUCAGGCUCUGACCGCGACAGAAGGCCCAGCCUACAGCCAGUCAGCUAUCUGCCGGUUCGAGAAGCUGGACAUCACGCCCAAGAGCGCCCAGAAGCUGAAGCCAGUACUGGAGAAGUGGCUGAAUGAAGCCGAACUCCGGAACCAGGAAGGCCAGCAGAACCUGAUGGAGUUUGUGGGAGGCGAGCCAUCCAAGAAACGCAAGCGCCGCACCUCCUUUACCCCCCAGGCCAUAGAGGCUCUCAAUGCCUACUUCGAGAAGAACCCGCUGCCCACAGGCCAGGAGAUCACCGAGAUUGCUAAGGAGCUCAACUAUGACCGGGAGGUCGUGCGGGUCUGGUUCUGCAACCGGCGCCAGACCCUCAAGAACACCAGCAAGCUGAACGUCUUUCAGAUCCCUUAGGGCUCAGCCCCCAGCCCCCGGUCCCAGCACUUUGUACCUUCCCUUGGCGUCCAGCUGCCGCCCCGGUCCUUCUGCCGCGUGCGGCUGUGUUCGUCCUGGGUCGUGAGACUCCACUGCGUGCAUGUGCGUCCGCUGCCUCCCCGCUCUCCCCAUACAGUGCACAUCCUGGGGAGGGUGGCGGGGCCCACGGAGACCUCCAGACUUGGGACUGGUCACGCCAAGGGAGGGGAUUUGUGGUGUCACUUAAAGAAGCACUUUGCUAACGUGGUUUUCAAAGGGUGAAUUCUGGUUAGGAAUCAGAAACUUCCUGUCUUUGGGGCAGGGCUGCAGCAGCCUCGAGGCUCGCUGGCCUUUAAAUGUUGUUUUUCAUGACAUUCUUUUUCCACUCUCUCUCCUCCUUUGCUCCUCUGUGUGAGUGUGGCAGGUACGGCAGCUUGUCCAGUGGAAACACAGCCUCACCCACCCACACUUUGCCUGCAGGCACACUGUCCCCCGAGGGAACCCAAGAGAUACAGUUCUGAAAAGUGUGAUGUGCUGCUUAGAGGGUCAGACUGAGUGUCUGCCUUGAACUCAAGGUCAGAAGGUUCCCACAGCCCUGGGGCCAGAACAUGUGAUGUCCUCUCCCUCCUUUCCUUGAUUCCUUUGUGGGGAAAAUUGCACUAAAGCAGAACCUUUUCUUUUGUAAUCCAUGUUGGAAGGAAGCAACAAUGAACUCUAGCUGUCCUGGAGUUAACCUGGGUUUACAGCAGGUUGGGAACUUAAAAAAUAAGGUCGUCCUCCCAGAUUUUAAUCUGAUCCCUGCCCAUGGAUAUCUCCGCAUCAGAACGGUGUGGUUAAGAGAACUUGCAGCCUGGAAAAUCCCCCUGCCCAAGUAAUCAGGCACACGGGAGAAAAAUGAGGAAAGGAAUGCUGACUCUUUCUCUGUCCUCAUACUCACCCACAACCCAGUACUGGGGCCUUCUCAGAAGCAGCAGAUUAAACAAGAAGCCAGACAGCAAGGCCCUGGGGAAAAGCCAACAUCCAGAAAGAGCUGAUGGCAGCCCAGGAUGGUCUCUUUGUGGAAGGUGACUUAAGUCUAAUUUUCUUUGUAAUUUGAAGUCUUGGAUACUGAAGGAGAAAUCUUAUUUUGUCCUGAGUCUUAGACCCUGUGUUUGUGUAAGCAAUCCACCCAGUGCUCUUCUGAGUUAAGAACAUCCCUGGAGCAGACUGGGUUUUGCCUUCAGAGAGGGUAGUAGCUAUGGUACAUUGGGAGUUGGCCUCUCCGAGCUGUUAAGUGAGUUUCCCAGCCUCAUGGUGGCUGGACAGUCUCUGGAACUCAGCAUGUGCCUCCAGGAGGUCAGGACAGCACUGAGAGGGUGGCUGGGCUGAGCCCAGACCUGCCAUGUAGAUUAUACUUAAAGGGCCACAAGUCACAGGGGUCAGCCACCCCCUCUUUUCCCAACUCUUAUUCUUACAGAGCCAGGUGUCCAGCAGCUGCCCUCCACUGCACCUCACAGAUAAACCCUGAAGAAGUGACGGCCCAGCGGGGGCACAUCGCCACCUCUGUCGCUCACUGGCGCAGAGCCUGGUCUAGCUGUGUUUCCCUUCCUGCCUGCAGCUGGUCCCGCCCAGGCCAUGCAACACCAGUGUGGCCACCCUCCUGGUAGCCCUGCCAGUGAGAAGGCAGUUGUGUGUCAGAUUGUCACACACACACACACACACACACGCACACACGGGUGAGGAAGCAGGUGGGCACCUCGCCUGCCUCAGCCUCCCAGGAGACAAUGUGGAGGUUUCACACUCAAGUUCAGUCUCAGUAAGAUGAUGAGCUCACUUGAGAGGGAUGUUGUAAACAAGUUUUCAGUAAGAAUAGUUCGAGGGCCAGAGUUUGUAAAGGAUUCAAUGACUCAUAGUUCAACUAAUUAGAGAGACAGGUUUUUACCUUCAAACCCUUGUGUUCAGGUAUGCUGCCUUUUUUGGGAGAGACAAGCAGAUAGUGGCCGGUGCCCUGGGAGGAGCAUGUAAUCCCGGGCGUGUCGAUGGCAGUAGAUACACUGGAGGACACCGUCUGUCCUGUGUCAUGGCGGGAAGAAGCUGACGAGCUGCUGCUCUAAAUUAGUCCUGUCCGUGCUUUCUCAGCUCCUCCUGCAGCUAAAUCUGUCUUCCCAAGGCUGAGCUAGGACUAAACCAUUUCCUUCUCUGCUGAAAGGAUGGGUUGGUCUCUCAGAGGAACAAUUCCAGGGGCAGAAUAUUUGCAGGUCAAAUUCCCCAAGCAAUGGGGUGCAUGGUGUCCCUGAAUUGCCGCCAACCUGAUCUCUGCUCUUGUUCCCCCACCCUAGGGCCCCCCAGGCAGCAGCUAUGGCCCUGAGGUAGAUUUUUUGUUUUGUUUUUAUUUUUGUUUGGGGUAGCAUCAGGCUUGGAAGGGAGUUGAUAUCAAAUUUGUUUUGAAAGCCCCUUUCUGGUUACAAGCAAGAGCUCAGUGGCUCCUUUACCUUAGAAAGGCAGGAGAAAGAGCAGACAGGGCUCAACUGUUUGCAUGUGGUUUUGCUUGUUUUUGUUUUAAAGACCAAAACUUCCUACGGCUUAAUGAAUCAGCUGGGGCCUAUGACCCUGCACUAAUCGUGGCAUCUUAUCCAGGGGAGGUGGGGGUACCCAGGGAAAAAAUUCAGCCAAAUGGAUUGAGGAACACGUUUGAAUUUGGAAAGAGAGACCCUGAUGUUCUUGUGUCCUUAAAAAUCCUAUCACCUUCCUAUGCCUAGAUUCCCUUCCUGUCUCAUAGGCCAGGCUCUGACACUGAGGUUCUGACUGCAGACACGGGACAAAGUCCGCUGAGAGCUGGAGUAAGGGGUGGGGAGGGGAGGGAGGGGGAGAAGCACUUGAUGUAGUUGUGUGGAAUAAACAGUAUUUUUUCUUUUGUA